UGUCAAGGGACAAAUAACAAGCUGACCCAACUGGGACAUGUGGAAGACCAUUUCACCAGCCUGCAGAGGAUGUACAACAACUGCGAGGUGGUGCUCAGCAACCUGGAGAUUACGUACGUGGAGCACAAUCGUGACCUCUCUUUUCUGAAGACAAUACAGGAGGUUGCAGGCUACGUGCUCAUCGCGCUUAAUAUGGUGGAUGUCAUUCCCCUAGAAAACCUCCAGAUCAUCCGAGGCAAUGUGCUGUACGACAACUCUUAUGCCCUGGCAGUUUUGUCCAAUUACCACAUGAAUAAAACCCAGGGACUCCGAGAGCUGCCCAUGAAACGGCUAUCAGAAAUUCUCAACGGAGGUGUUAAAAUCAGCAACAACCCCAAACUGUGCAACAUGGACACUGUUCUCUGGAAUGACAUCAUUGACACAAACAAGAAGCCUCUCACGGUGCUUGAAUUUGCAAGCAACCUCUCCUCUUGUCCCAAAUGCCAUCCAAACUGCACAGAAGACCACUGCUGGGGCCCUGGUGAACAGAACUGCCAGACGUUAACGAAAGUCAUCUGUGCCCAGCAGUGCUCUGGCCGGUGCAGGGGGAAGGUGCCCAGCGACUGCUGCCACAACCAGUGUGCUGCGGGGUGCACGGGCCCUCGGGAGAGCGACUGCCUGGCAUGCCGCAAGUUUCGGGAUGACGCUACGUGCAAGGAUACCUGUCCCCCAUUGGUCCUGUAUAAUCCCACCACUUAUCAGAUGGAUGUCAACCCCGAUGGAAAAUACAGCUUUGGAGCCACUUGUGUGAGGGAAUGCCCACACAACUACGUGGUGACAGACCAUGGCUCAUGCGUUCGCUCUUGCAAUACCGAUACUUAUGAAGUGGAAGAAAACGGUGUUCGGAAGUGUAAAAAGUGUGAUGGGCUAUGCAGCAAAGUGUGCAACGGCAUCGGAAUAGGUGAACUUAAAGGGAUCCUCUCCAUAAACGCCACAAACAUUGACUCCUUCAAAAACUGUACUAAGAUCAACGGGGAUGUCAGCAUUCUCCCAGUUGCAUUUCUAGGUGAUGCUUUCACAAAGACCCUACCCUUGGACCCGAAGAAGUUGGAUGUCUUCAAAACAGUCAAAGAAAUAUCAGGAUUUUUGUUGAUUCAGGCCUGGCCUGAGAAUGCUACUGAUCUCUAUGCUUUCGAAAAUCUGGAGAUUAUACGAGGCAGAACCAAGCAACAUGGCCAGUAUUCCCUUGCUGUUGUUAACUUGAAAAUACAGUCCCUGGGGCUGCGCUCCCUCAAGGAAAUAAGUGAUGGAGAUGUUGCCAUUAUGAAGAACAAGAACCUCUGCUAUGCUGAUACCAUGGACUGGCGCAGCCUGUUUGCAACUCAGAGCCAGAAAACAAAGAUUAUACAGAACAGAAAUAAAAAUGAGUGUGCUGCUGCCAGGCACGUUUGUGACCCCCUGUGCUCGGACGUGGGCUGCUGGGGCCCUGGACCCUUCCACUGCUUCUCCUGCAGGUUUUUCGAUCGCCAGAAGGAGUGUGUGAAACAGUGCAACAUCCUUCAAGGGGAGCCGAGAGAGUUUGAAAGGGACUCCAAGUGCCUUCCCUGCCACCCCGAGUGCCUGGUGCAAAACUCCACCGCCUACAAUGCGACCUGCACUGGACCUGGCCCUGACAACUGCGUGAAGUGCGCCCAUUUUAUAGACGGCCCCCACUGCGUGAAAUCCUGCCCAGCCGGGGUUCUGGGUGAGAAUGACACCCUCGUCUGGAAAUAUGCUGACCGGAAUGCUGUUUGCCAGCUCUGCCAUCCAAACUGUACCCGGGGGUGCAAAGGGCCAGGUCUUGAAGGCUGUCCAAACGGCUCCAAAAUCCCAUCUAUCGCAGCUGGCGUCGUCGGAGGUCUCCUGUGCCUGGUGGUGGUGGGCUUGGGCAUCGGCCUUUACCUGCGGAGACGCCACAUCGUCAGGAAGCGGACCCUGCGCCGGCUGCUGCAGGAGAGGGAGCUUGUUGAACCACUGACACCCAGCGGGGAGGCACCAAACCAGGCUCAUCUGAGAAUUUUAAAGGAAACAGAAUUUAAAAAGGUCAAAGUUUUAGGCUCCGGUGCUUUUGGUACUGUUUAUAAGGGACUUUGGAUCCCAGAAGGGGAGAAGGUUAAAAUUCCUGUUGCUAUUAAAGAACUGAGAGAAGCUACAUCGCCAAAAGCCAACAAGGAAAUACUUGAUGAAGCUUACGUGAUGGCUAGUGUUGACAAUCCUCAUGUGUGCCGCUUGUUGGGAAUCUGCCUCACUUCUACUGUUCAGCUCAUCACACAACUGAUGCCUUAUGGCUGCCUCCUCGAUUACAUCCGAGAGCACAAGGACAACAUCGGCUCCCAGUACCUUCUCAACUGGUGUGUGCAGAUCGCAAAGGGAAUGAACUAUUUGGAGGAGCGUCGCCUGGUGCACCGUGACCUUGCUGCCAGGAACGUCCUUGUUAAGACUCCUCAACACGUGAAAAUCACGGACUUUGGGCUGGCAAAGCUGCUGGGAGCCGACGAGAAGGAGUAUCACGCCGAGGGCGGCAAGGUUCCUAUUAAAUGGAUGGCCUUGGAGUCAAUUUUACAUCGUAUUUACACUCAUCAAAGUGAUGUCUGGAGUUACGGUGUGACAGUUUGGGAGCUAAUGACAUUUGGGUCCAAGCCGUAUGAUGGGAUCCCCGCCAGUGAAAUUUCCUCUGUCUUGGAGAAGGGCGAGCGUUUGCCCCAGCCCCCCAUCUGUACCAUCGAUGUGUACAUGAUCAUGGUCAAAUGCUGGAUGAUCGAUGCAGACAGCCGUCCCAAAUUUCGUGAACUGAUAGCGGAGUUCUCUAAGAUGGCCCGUGACCCCCCACGCUAUCUCGUCAUACAGGGAGACGAUAGGAUGCACCUGCCAAGCCCUACAGACUCCAAGUUUUACCGCACCCUGAUGGAAGAGGAGGACAUGGAAGAUAUAGUGGACGCAGAUGAGUAUCUUGUGCCACACCAGGGCUUCUUCAACAGCCCCUCAACAUCCCGCACUCCUCUCCUGAGCUCAUUGAGUGCUACUAGCAACAAUUCUGCUACAACCUGCAUUGACAGAAACGGGCAGGGGCACCCUGUGAGGGAAGACAGCUUUGUUCAGAGAUACAGCUCAGACCCAACGGGCGCUUUCUUGGAGGACAGCAUAGAUGACAGCUUCCUGCCAGCCCCAGAGUAUGUAAACCAGUUGGUGCCCAAGAAAGCAUCUGGCUCAGCAGUCCAGAAUCCAAUCUACAACAACUUCUCUCUCACGGCAAACUCAAAGGUCCCCACAGACUCCAGCUACCAGAAUUCACACAGCACAGCUGUGGACAACCCUGAGUAUCUCAACACCAACCAGUCUCCGCUGGCCAAGACGGUCUUUGAGAGCUCUCCAUACUGGAUCCAGGCGGGCAACCACCAAAUAAAUCUGGACAAUCCUGACUACCAGCAGGACUUCUUACCGAAGGAAACCAAACCUAACGGUCUCUUGAAAGUUCCCGCGGCCGAGAACCCAGAGUACUUGAGGGUAGCAGCACCAAAAAGUGAAUACAUUGAAGCCUCGGCAUGACCAUAGAGAAUUUCUUCUUGCAGCGUGGCAAGCCAGGCUCUCAGUGACCCACCUGGCUGCUGCAAGAACGGACUCUUGCUCGGAGCAAAUGGCGACCACAAUGCAUCAAUGAGCACACCUUUCCUUUUCAGCACAGGGGCUGAAACUGCGAAGCCUAUCCGAUGGUAGUUUGGGUCUUUUCUUGCCCAUUCCUAUGUAAUAACUGAAGCCCAUAGCCUGCACUUGGAUGCAUGUUGGAGCAUGCAUGAAGCGGGAGCUUCCUGGACAGAAGAAAUAUGGAUGCAUUCCUUUCAUUUUCAAAUGGUAGCAUGGUAAGAAGCCACUCUGGGAUGAACUUGAGAGCUGUACACAUUGUACAGUCCAAUUCGUUUCUACAGCCUGUAUUUUUAUAAAUGUUUCUAAAAGAAUUUUUUGGACCUUUUAUAAGAUCAGAGGCUUGUACUGCUGGUCUGUUAUGUGGUGCUCAGAUCACCAGCAAGAAGAAGAAAAAAAAAAAGUUACUAAAUACUGUUCCAAAACUCGUGGAACAGAGACAGUUAUUCCAAACCACCGAAUUUUUACAAAUUGGCUCCAUAUACUGCUUCUUGGCAUGAACAGGAGAAGUGCAUCUGAGGGAUGUAUGGAAGAUUCUGCCCAGAGCAGUAUGGAGUAGAUCACUCUGGGGAAAGCUAGCACAAGGAGCAAAAUGGCAGGACACAUCACCUACUGACCACUACUGCUAAAAACUGAUGGGAUGGACUCACCUCUAAGUCACCUGUACAUGGUUAUAAAGUGCUCGCUAGUCUGUUUGCUGAUGGUCAAACACAAGACAUUUUCUUUCCGAUCCCUUAUGCAGCUGUCGAGUUGUCAAAAUGUCUUUCUUCUUCAACAAAACUGUUAAAGAUGUUGCCAUAACUGAAAAAUGAAGUGUCAAAUAAUGUUUAACAGACUCUAAUUAAAUGUCAAGGAAAUGCAAAUGGUGGCAAAUUGGAGCAUUCACGAGACAGACUGGAAGAGCUAUCCUAAAUUAAACUUGACCAGGGCAGGAAACACAGGUAGCUCUAGCCAAGCAGUUUUAUUUCCCUUCUUAAAGGGGCUCAUAGCAGAAAUCAUUUUCCCUUAUACAUUUGGCAAAGAAAAGGGAUAGAUCAGUGUUAUGCUUUACUCCCUUCAAGGCAGAAUAUUGCCAGUUGCUGUACCACGCUGGGGCUGGUUGCCUGUCCCUUUGGGGGUUACAGAUCCUGGCAAUGCAGGAGGGGCAGUGAGAGUGAAUUAAGGAAAGGAAGAAUGAUCUAGAGUGAUGGAAAAUAUUCUCUCCCUCUUCUGAAACACAGGGCUGCCUACUGCUUUCUGUUACCAGUAUGGAACAGGCAGACAAGGCAAGGCUAAGAUUUUAGCUUGAUAGUAUAAAUCAACCACAGCAGCAAAAGCAGAUAUUCUUUCUAGGGGCCUGUGAUACAGAACUUCACAUUCUUCAAUCAUUAACAUUUCUUAAGGAUUUAGGAGGAGUAAAAUGCCUGAAGUGUGAAUUUAGUCAGUAAUUUAGAAGCAUCCCACCAGCAGCUUCGCAGUGCUAUUUUAAUCAAACCACUAGAUGAGAAAUCAAAAGCACUUUUGGUGA